AUGGUCAAAGUAACUGUAGCAGGGGCAGCUGGUGGUAUUGGUCAACCAUUAUCCAUGUUAUUAAAGUUAAAUCACAAUGUUUCUGAAUUAGCCUUAUAUGAUAUUGUCAAUGCCCAUGGUGUUGCUGCAGAUUUAU